UCAGCUGGCUGCAUGUUUACAUCCAGCAGUGGUGUGUUUCUGACUGGAUCCCCCCAACAACAAAAGGCUGAACACAAGGAAAACGCUAAAGAAGCGAAUUCCACUCGGCAUUUUCACAAGUCAAGAUGGGUGGAGCUGUGAGUGCCGGUGAGGACAAUGAUGAUUUGAUUGACAACCUGAAAGAGGCUUACUACAUCCGCUCAGACUUGGUGGAGCGGGCCUUUCGAGCUAUCGACAGGGCUGACUAUUACCUUGAUGAAUACCGGGAUAAUGCUUACAAGGACUUGGCAUGGCGACAUGGAAACAUCCAUCUGUCUGCUCCCUGUAUCUACUCUGAGGUGAUGGAGGCUUUGGACCUCCACCCUGGCCUCUCCUUCCUCAACCUUGGGAGUGGGACUGGCUACCUCAGCACCAUGGUCGGCCUCAUACUGGGACCCUUUGGAGUGAAUCAUGGAAUUGAGUUACAUGCAGAUGUGAUUGAGUAUGCCUACCAGAAGCUCGACUCCUUCAUCAAAACCAGCGACAGCUUUGACAAAUUUGAGUUUUGUGAGCCAUCAUUCGUUAUGGGUAACUGCCUGGAAAUUCCUCCGGAGAGCCGUCAGUAUGACAGAGUGUACUGCGGGGCCGGGGUGCAGAAGGAGCAUGAGGAUUACAUGAAGAACCUACUCAAGGUGGGGGGUAUCCUUGUGAUGCCUCUGGAGGAAAAGUUGACCAAGAUCACCCGUACAGGAGCAAACAGCUGGGAGACCAAAAAGAUCAUCUCCGUGUCCUUCGCUCCUCUGGUACUACCUAAACACAGCACAAAUGGAAAACCCAAGACUGUCCCAUUACCCAAGUAUGAAGUACGGACGUUACAAGAGCUGGCUCGCAUCUGCAUCCGCCACACCCUCAGAGUAACCACAGAUGGAGGAGACAGCCAGUCACGUGGAAGAGGUUCUUCAUUCAGUGUGGGCAGGGGUCUGGCGGUAGCUGGGCUCCAUAAGUAUGGCCCUCGCUUCAAACGCCGCCGCGUCCACCGGCGCCACUGCAAUGCUCUCGUCCUAGCCACCCGUCAGGUGGUGGCCAGCAGCGGGAUUAGCCCCGCCCCCCUGGACAGCAACAACAACCAGGGAGGAAGAGCAGAGGAUGAGGAGGCAGGAGAGAGGGAGGUGAGGCGGCAGAUGAGAGGGAGCAGGAGGGCAGGGAGAGGAGGGGUGGUGGAAGAGGAGGAGACAGUCGAGGAAGAGGACGAAGAGGAGGAGCAGGAGGAGGAGGAGGAGAAGGAGACUGGGGAGCUGCUCCGACCCCAGCCAGCCGUGAACGUCCUCAGAGAGAGGAUACUGGGCUUGCCACUUCCUGAGCCUCUCAAGAUGUAUCUGCUGUACUACAGAGAGAAAUGAGGCGGCUGAAGCCACAGCCAGAAGCCCACCAAAACCUGUAUCCUGUAUAAGGCAGGACACCUACUUUACAGACCCCCAACUCCACCAUGAGUCUCUCUGUUCUCCCCAUCAUCCAUUCUCUUUCCCACUCCCUCUUUUUGUUCUUCCUCUGUUCUGUACUUGAUACAUUUCCUGAUGCUUUUGGUUCACUUUGUCCAGUGGAGGAAGAAGAUGAGGAGGACAAGAGGGGUGGGGUGUGUGUGUGUGUGUGCGUGCGUGCGUGUGUGGGGGGGGUACAGAUGCAAAUUCUCUCCUAUGACAGACAGCCCAACAGUCACCCAACGUAGACAUAUUGGCACAUAAUACAUUUACAUAAUACAGUUUUCACAUUGUUCUGCAGCUGACUAACAUGCUAAUCAAGCAUUGCCUAACAGCUUAACAGCCCCCUGAGUAUCCAGUGCUUGCAAGAGGCAACUUAGUCGUGCUGAGAAACAGAACCGUUGUUGUUCAGUCUACAGUGGCAGACUAGACAACACUGUUCAGAAACUGUAGCGACAAUGAAAGAGAAAUGGCUCACUCAAGAGACCUGAAGGUAUGGAGCUCUUUUCUCUUUUUUCCUCUAUUCUUUUUUUUUUUUUUUACUGUUGUGGCCAGAUCAUGCAAUGAUUGUGUAAGUCACAGAAAGCUGGGUUGUCCACUUCAGGUGUUAUGUAUUGUUAUCUAAUGGGGAUGAUGGAGUUUUGUAAAGGAAAAAAUAGAGUCAGCUCAAAACUCUUUGUGAGUGAGGAAAACAUUCAGUGAUGUGAUAGUUUCACCGCAUCAUGUCUAAUGAUAGUGACCAAGAUGAUGUCGAUUGUUACUGUGUCUACAGAUUUCCAUAUGAAAGGGUCCAUUGGAUAGUAUAACUUAAAGGACCAGUUCAGCCAAAAAUGAAAAUUCAAUCAUUAUCUACUCACCCACGUGCAGAUGGGUGUCUUAGUCCACAAAACAUUACUGAAGUUUCACAGCUAACCAGUGUUUCAGCAUUUUCAUAACUAAAGAAGCUGGGGAUUUUUUUUUUUUUUUAAGUAACGAAAAAAAACAACAACAAAAAAACAGCCAAACAACUGAAAUGGCUCUACACAGCUUGUCUUCAAAAACCCUGAGAUCCCAAAUUGAUUUGAACACAUCAUUUACCCGCUUUUUUAAGGCAAAAUCUUCACUUUGCUUUUAUCUUAGGGGCAACAGAGAGGAUUUCUGGGCAAAUGGGGGAUUAUACCAGAUGAGCUAUGUGGAGCCAUUUCAUGUUUGGUUUUUUGUUUUUUUUUUCCAGUUCAACGUUUUUAGAGUCAUUUAGAAGAAUGUUGCAGUGCUGUUUUACUGUGAAGCUCCAGCAAUGUUUUGUGCACUGAGAAACUUGACCUGACUUUCCAUCAUCAUGGGGGUGAGCAGAUAAUGAUGAUGAAUUUGCAUUUUUGGGUGAACUCAAGCAUUUUAGGAGACUAGUUGAUAAAAACAUGUUGAUAUUUUUUCCCUUUUUCUAUGCAUAUGUUAAGGUUCAUUUCUGUCAUACGGUCGUAUGGAGAUGAAAUGCACCUAAAUGCUUACAUGUGUAUCCAAAGGGCAGGCCACUGUUUUUAUCUGCAUCUUACUGUAUUCUCUUAACCAAACAAGAAUGACUAUAAAAGAUCACACUGUUGCAUAAUAACAUCAUAUUCCAAUUUACAUAAAUAAACCAGCAUGAUAACACACGUAAUGUUUUUGAUGAUUGACAGUGGGCAGGAUUUCUCUCACUGUUUUUUUUUAUUUGUUUUGCUCUUGUAAUAUUUUGAAUUUUAUGAGACUUGAAGUGGGGUGCGUACAUAUGAAAUUGUUGUAUGGUUUGUUUUGUGAAUCAUAAAAAAAACUUUUCAAAAAGACUUUGAAAAGUAGAACAAGUAUCUUUUAUCACAUUUUUCUGUUGUAGUUACUAGUUAGAUGGGGCAUUAUUCCUCUGUUUUUGUUUUUUUUUUUUGCUUUUGUACCAAACUUUCUGCUCCCUUCUGUGCCAAACAUAAGUUGUAUGGACUGAAUUUUUGAGAGGAGACAGCAGAUCAACAGCAAGUCACUCAUGAAGAAGAAAAGGUUGAGAAUUUUUUAAACUUUUUUUUUUAAAAAUCAUUUCAAAAAAACUGCUUCACUACCACUGAAAUGACAUUUACGGUUGUUUAUAGAUUAUUUUUUAUCAGGUAAAGCUUGAGAUUUUUCCCAUUUGAAAUUUUUAUAUCUCAAGAAUGUCUGGGACAAACAGCAAAGUGAGCUUUGCACAAGACAGUGCAGCAAAUAGCUGCUAAUUAGACACACUAUGGAUGUGAUCACAAUAAUAAGAAUAUGAAUUUGCACGGUAAUAUUUCCAACACUGAACGGGAGCAUGGUGUACGUGAAGCACUCACUUUUCAUAACAGCUGAGGGUAACGUCAUGCUUCACAGUUUGGCUCUUCUGCCAUUUAUUCUGCUGCUGCUGGAUUUGCCUUUGAGUACUUUAUGUACCAUUCAUGAGUACAAUUCAUCUUUGGUUGUUUUGCAGUUGUGAUUCUCUGCUGAAUGUAUAUGAUCAUGAUGUUUUUACCUGACGCUUCACGUAACGUUUUGGUGAGAAUGACUUGCUUGUUGUUUCUAAGAUUGAGCUGUACUAUUGACUGCUGUUAAUAAAGUCCAUAACACAAAGGAA